UAUGCGUAAAUUGAUUUUAUUACGAUAGAAAACAUAAAGACAAUGAAUGGAAUUGAUAAUAAAUAAUUUACAAUAUCAUAUGUUGCUUCUUUGGAUCUUAUCUUUGUUUAAUUUUGAAUAUUAUAAUCUCUCUGAAAAUUAUAUGCAUAUUGAGUAGUGCAUGCAAGACAUGGUGAAAUAGAACAUCAAAAAGUGAUAUUGGAGCUAAACUUCAGAUAUCUGAACUCUCUUUUUAUUUCAAAGUCCCAUGGACUGUGACAUUCAAAGGUUCAACUGUACUCAUGCCUUCAAAAUGUAGACCUGUUCAUGAUUGCCUUCAAUAGUGAAUUCUGGAAACCCAUUAUAGGUUUGUUGAUCUCAUAACUUAGGCAAGCUCUUUCAAACAAGUACACUUGCACAUCCCAUUAUCAAACCAUAUGUAUUUAUAGUUUGUAUUAUCACAAACAAUUACUGUAAUAAACUUCUGGCAUCCCUGAUGAUUUUCAUAUCAAUUCAUAAUUUUACACUCUUCUCCUUCAUAGAACUAUAACAUAAAUCUUAGGGGUACAGUACAUGGAACUGAACUCGAUGUACCUGUACCAUUACUUGCUGAGGGCAAUGUCGUAAGUCACCCCAUCUUCAAAUAUCAUAUAAUACCCAUUCCUCUCACAACAGCAUGUACAGGAAAAUAUUGGCAGUAAUUCUAGCAGAAAAAUCUGCCCAUUCACUUUUAUGAGUUUUUUUCCUAAACAACUGAAAUACAGAAUGGAAAGUGAGACAGUGUAGGCAUAACUGAGAGCUUUCAGGCCUAAUCGCACAGCAGGGAAAAUCAACGCCUGUAAAAAUAUAUACCGCAAAUAAUGCAGGAAUGGAUUAUAAGCCCUCCUAAAAAACAAUAAUUUCCAGGAUCUGACAGGAUCAUGCAUUUUACAGGCGACACCAUCUGCAUCUUCGUCCAUUAGAUUACAGAUUAACAGCUUUCUAGCACAGUGCUCUAUUUCAUAUCUCCGUAAUAAAUAGGGCAAAAAAUGUCUCACAUCAUUUUCACUGAGCAAGUGCAUUGGAAACUUUGGAUAAGAUGAGGGCAUGUGUUUUAUAUUAAGUGAAGAGGGUUGGUUAUACCUUUAAAGUGAUGUCCCGACACUGUUGUACACUGUCAUUGUGAACGCUGAUAUAGCUCGAAAAGGUCUCUCCUAGGAAGAUGUUUCUGUACAAAAAACAAGAGAUACAUGGGAGAGGGCAGCAAAGACUGAAAUUUAUCCUCAAAACUGAAUUUCUGAUGGAGGAGUUUUAAUUUCACGCAGGAGGAUUAAUCUUUACUUUUCAAAUAAUGGUAUGUCCUUGACCUCUGGAAAAUUAAAUGACACAAGGAAUUCUAUCUGAAAGCAUCAGUGACCAGAUUUCGUAGUUCAAUCAAUACUUCAUUACAGGAAUUCUAGUGUAUUUAUUGAAUUUCACACAGGAACUCCAUUCAAAUUUUUUUCAACACUUCUGAAAUGAGAAGAUCGGUUGUCUGUGAAUUGCAAAUAUAGGAAGAUUUUUAUUUUCAAUUCAAAAAAGUCAACAGAGUUGCCCCGCAAUAAAAUUUCACACUCGACAUACCCUUCUUAUUCUUACCCCUUCACUUGAAAAUUUCAUCAUGAAACAGCAUGACAAUUAUUGAUUAAGUAAAAAGAAGUAAAAGGACGGAAAACUAAUCAAGUAAUGUUAAUCUGAACAGCGAAAACCAACAACGGGUAAAUAAAUUAGGAAUAUGUAAAAAAAAAAAAAAAAAAAAAAAGGAUAAAAGAUUGCAUUUGAUAAUUUAUAUUGAGAUUAGCCAAACGUCACUGACAUCUUGUGAGAGCUUGCUAUAACCGUGGAUGUGGAUGAAGUUUGUACCAACUGUUCAGAAAUGGAGAAAGAAUACAAUUCUGUGUUUAUAUGAAUGAAGGGAAUCAUUACCAGUUUUCAAUAUUGGAGUGAAUUGUGGAGUAUAAAAACCUCAUACAACUAUAUUAGAAAAACUUCAAAGGGAGAAAGGUAACAAACUCUGAAAUGACGGGAAUAAACUAGCUAUCUUGCUAUUUGUGGGCCGCACGUAUUGGAUUCUGGCAUUAUAAGUGCACAUAACCUCGAGUGCUUGGGAAGAAAUAGUGAGGAUCUUCAGCAAAAUGUUUACCUAGAAGUGGCUCUGCUGCACACCUUUAUGCAGUGUAAUAAAAUUAACUUGUGAUUUGUGGUAAUUAAACAAGGCUAUUCAGUUACUACAAGUGCAUCUGGGAAAAUAAAUUUUACAGUUUUUUUUUUGUUUUAUAAAGUGCAACUGUGUGUCAAGUGUUUCAUGUUCCUCUGGGAUUUCAUUCAUGGAUUUAUUAACAAAAGAGGGUUACUGAGUCGCUGAGAUUUUCUAUGAAAAUUAAUAAUAAAGUUCUACAUCAUCUGAAGUGCCAAUACGAUGUAAUAGAUUUACGUGUACAGACUGACUAGGUUCAAUAGUGACUACAGUCUGGGCUUGGUGAUCCUGCACUCUGGCGAUGCCAAUAAUCCGAGUCCUCUUUGUAGAGGCUCUAACCACAUUAAUAUGUUUCGAGUGCGCUUCCCAACAAAUGGCUCCAAAUGUCUCACAUUCCGAGACCAGCACCUCAAGCCUUGGCAAUAUGACCUUGCCGUCCUCAAGACUUGUCUCCACCUCCUCCCUGCAACUUAAUGACACCAUGUCUAACAAUUCCAAUCCCGAUUACACUACAUUCCAGCAUCUACCUCACUCCCCUUUAUGGAAAAAUGAAACGUUCCGUUUUUUCUUUAACCCUCAUUCAAUCAAUGACUUAGUGGUGGCAUCUAAUCGAACCGUCAAUUUCAACUGCACUUCCAAUAAUAUUCCCCAAUAUGUCAACAACAGCACAGGAAGCCAGUCGGGGAAUUUUUCGCUGACUAAAGAUAGCCUAGACUUCUCCAAUAUUAGUCUUCUAUUGGUAAUACAGGCACAUGACAGAAAAGUAGCUAGCUUGGUUGUAACUAAAGGCAGCCACGAUGGAGAGGAAAAAAGUGAAAAAAUGGCUGGAGAGCUUCCCUUCGUUUCGUCGCUCAUAUACAAAUCCAUCCAGUUAAACUCUGAAAGCAAUUUUACCAUUUUGGCAAUGUAUAUGGGCUAUGCCACAAUGUCCGUAACACUGACAGAUAGCAAUGAUUUAGAGAUGGUUAAACAAGGAGCCUACCACACAUUAGCACAUGCGGAAUACGAAAUACAGGUGACACGGGCAGUCAGACCCUCGGACUUUGCUUUUAAUUGUUCAGCAGCAGCUAUUGCAAUAUUAAUAAGCUUUGGAAUUGGAUGUGUGACUGAUACAGAGAGCCUAAAAAAACAGUUGAAGUACCCUGUAUCUUUAGUGGUGGGAUUUUGCUGCCAGUUUCUCAUUUUGCCAGUGCUUGCCUUCGGUAUUGCCAUGAUGUUGCCACUAACCAAUGAUGUGAAAUUUGGGUUGCUGUGUGUUGCUUGUGUACCAGGAGGUGGCUUGGGUCAUGUUGCUGUAAUUCUCGGGGAUGCUGAUCUUCCAUUAAGCCUAGCCAUGAAUCUCAUUAGCAUCGUGGCAAUGUUAGGCACGGCACCUCUGUGGAUCUUUGUACUUGGGCAAUAUUUCUACCUAGAUCACAAAGUCAUUCCAAUAUACAACUUUGAAAUUUGGUUGGCUUCAACAUUUUUUGCAUACACAGCUGGACUUGUGAUUAACCGGUUUAAGCCGACUGUGGCCGAUGCAUUACUGACAUGGAUUAUAAAGCCAUUGAUGCUUUUAGCCUCCAUACUUUACAUAACACUUGGUGUAUAUAUCAACAUGUAUGUUUUCGAACGCAUCAAUGCGUAUGCAGUUUUAUCCGCGUUUCUUCUACCUCUCUGUGGCUUUGCAGUUGCCUAUAUCACAGGAAAAAUAUUUCGACAAAAGGACAGCUUUUGCAAAUCCAUGGCAUUAGAAACUUCCAGUCUGAAUGUCUUGAUUGUGUUAGCAGCAAUUCGGUUUUCACUAACAUCAAAGAACCACGCUGACUAUGCGUCCAUCGUCCCUCUCUGGGUGAUGUUCACCGUUCCAGGAAUAUAUGUGUUACUAGCAAUAUUAAGAUUCUUCAAGGGUUGUAUAGCUAACUUUUUGGAAAGUAGAAAACAGCAACAAUUUCGACAUUUUAGUAUUGCUUCAGGCAUUGUCAAUCAAGCCAAUAUGGCCGCCCUUUCUGCUCCUCUAUUUGUGACAGAAAUUACAGACGAUGACCAGGGCUCUGUUAGUGAAAAAAUCACUGUGUUAUAGCAAAUCCAUAAGGAUAAUAGAACAAUUUAGUUAAUUCUUAAAAAAAUUUGCAUUUAGAGAACAUUUGUUUAGCCUACCAGCUAUAGCUAGUUUCACUCGCACUUUCUCUCUGUUCCAAGUGAAAACAACGAUUUUGAUUACUCUCCUGUUAAUGGCUGCACUUUGUAUGUUACACUUAUAAUAGAAUUGAGAUAAUUUUUAGUUUCUUGUACCACAUUUUGUAAUCCAUGUUAUAUAGAUUAAAAGAAAAGUUAACAAAA